UUAAAUAACUUAUUUACCCACGUGACCAAACACAAACCCAAGAUGGCGUCGUUCAUAGCAGUUCCGCUUAAAAAGACUUAUGAAGUUGAUUUUGUGAAACCUUUAAGAACUUUUAUUCAAAAUACCUUCACACAAGCAGAUCCAGAUGAUUAUAACCAAGCUUUGUCUGAGUUUAAUAAACUCAGGACCACCAUGAUCACAAAGUCUGUGGACAAGCAUGAAUCAGCACUUGAGGUCCUCUACCGGUACUAUGACCAGUUGGUGGCUAUUGAGAACAAACUUCCUAUUGCAGAAAAUCAGAUUCGAGUGCAGUUCAAGUGGCGAGAUGCUUUUGAUGAAGGCUCUUUUCUCUCCGGCAAGAGAAAUCUUGCCAUCGCAUCCGCGGCGUACGAGAAGGUGUGUGUCCUCUACAACAUCGCGGCCCUCCAGUCUCAGAUCGCCGCCAUCCAGAACCAUGACAACAACGAGGGCCUGAAGCUCACCGUCAAGUUAUUUCAGCAAGCGUGCGGGAUCUUCGGUCACCUGAAGGAUGUGGUGUUGUCCCACGUGCAGCAAGACCCGACCCCCGACCUCAACCCUGACACGCUGAGCGCGCUCAGUGCCCUCAUGCUGGCCCAGGCUCAGGAGUCCAUCUACAGGAAGGCCACUCAAGACAAGAUGAAGGAGAGCAUGGUGGCCAAACUGGCGUACCAGACAUCGGAGCUCUACUCGGACGCCAUGAAGCUCAUGCAGCUGGGCUCCAUACGGGAGCUGUGGCCCAAGGACUGGCUGCCCACGGUGGUGAUGAAGCAGGCCGGCUUCCACGGCAUGUCCGAGUUCUACCAGAGCUGCGUGGCGCAGCAGAACAAAAGCUACGGGGAGGAGAUCGCCCGACUGCAGAGCAUGAAGUCCCUGGACGACGAGGAGAAGUCGGACCAGCAGCUGCGGGAGCAGUUCAAGGACAAGUGGAGCCGCACGGCGUCGGGGGCGCUGACCAAACCCAUGCGCGACGAGGCGGGCAAGUACAAGAGCAUCCUGGACACGGCCAUUCAGGCAGACCACAUCGUCAAGCAGAAGUACGACACGCACAAGAACGCCAUCGCUCUACUCUCCAAACCAAAGGGAGAUAUAGAGUCUGCCCUCCCAGCGGCCAGCGCUGCAGCUUCCAUGCAGAACAGCGACGUGGUCAAGACGCUGAGGGACCUCAUCGAACAGGUGAGCACCAUCAAAGCAGAACGGGACGUCAUCGAGUCGGAGCUGAAGGAGGCCAAGUUUGACAUGAGUGGCAAAUUCUUCCAGGCCCUGGCCACAGAGGGGUUGAUCAACGAGGAGCCUCUGUCGGCCUCGGAGCUUGACCGCGUGUACUCACCUCUGAGGGAGCAGGUGUCUGACAGUAUUCACCGACAGGAGGCCGUCUUGUCACAGAUACAGUUCUACAAUGACCUGACGCCACUGCUAGUCCGGCUACAGACCAAGAUCAACGACUUCUGCUUCGCACGCAAAACGGAGAAGGACGAGCUGAUGGCGGACCUGCAGAAAGCCAUCGCCAACACGCCCGCGCAAGCCCCGCCUGUCGCCCCUCGGUACCAGGGCGGCUCUGGACAACAGCAGUCCACUCAAG